AUGAGUCCAUGGUCUGAUCGAAUGCACAGGGCCUUCGAAGCACCUCGGCACUUCUUCACGCAGCAAGUCACAGACACACGACAGGAGCUCAUCAAGGCCUUGACCUUUGCCAAUGUGAUGAAGGUGGACCUGGUGACCUUGGGCGGCGAUCUGGUGAAUUUCCCCUCGCUGCAGUCGGUGGAGAAGAUGUUGACCGAACUCACCAGGUUGCAAGUGCCAUUUCUCUACACCUCUGGAAAUCAUGAUUGGCAUCUCGAGAGACUUUAUGCAUGGGAAAAGACCUUUGAUGCUCAGAUGUGGCCAACUGAGCGAGGACCACUCCAAAAGCUCUACACUGCCAGCAAAGGACUUCCUGGCAACUUCUCAGAUCCUCGCUUCGGCUACGUUUCGUUGGAUGGCUUGCGGGUCGUUUGCAUCGACAACUCCGACUUUCUGAUCGAUGAGGAUCAGUUCCAGUUCUUCCUGCAGAUGACGAACUCAACGGAACGCUUUGUGCUUCUGAUGCACAUCCCCAUCUACUUUCCGGGCGUUCGCUGGGGCCCAUCCGAUGUCAUGGGCCAUCCUGAGUGGGGCACAGGCAGUGACCAGAAUGCCGCCUUGGAGGGCCGAUUACCCUGGCCCUCGGAAGCACCUCCGCUGGUGUCACGGUUCAUCCGAGAAGUGCAGCGGACGGCGGAGCGGAGGCACCUGCUGGCGAUCUUGACAGGACACACCCACGAGGAUGGUGUAGCGCCGGUUCCGUGCACGACUUGGUCCGCCGAUGUCAACGUCCGCGACGCGCUGCCGAGCAGCUGCGACACGGGCGUGCGACAGUUCACCACGCGGCCCAACUUCGCCGGCGGCGCGCGGCUGCUGGUGCUGCGGGGUCUCGCGGGCUCGACGGAGACGGCGGGCUCCACGGUGGCGCGAGCGGCGGAAGUGGUGGAAGAAGGUGAAAGAAUAGAGGAGCCAAAGACUUGGACCUCGAUCCACGUAGAUCUGGACCUUCGAGCAGCGGCAGCAUUGCUCCUGAUGUUCUUCGGCCACCUUGAGCCGAGUGCGCCUUGUUCAUCUGGCGCUGGAGCUUCUCCGCGAAGCCGCCGGAGCAGCGAGGAGGACGGGCGCCCUACAUCCUGGGAGUCGCCGACGAGGACGGCGACGGCCUUUGAGGUCGAGGACGAGACCGAGGACGAGACCGAGGGGUGGAAGGAGCCGGUCUCCCACGACGAAGAGGACGAAGAGGACCGAGCGAGAUCGGCGAGAGAGGACCUGAGAGCGGAAAGUUCGGGCCCACGACGAGGCUUUCUGCAGGCCCUCACCGGCUUGAGUGCCUCCUUAGCGCUCCGCCGCGCUGCGAGCGCGGAGAGCGACUACGGCACAGUGAAGGGUACCGACAUGCCCAAGCAGGACCCGAAGAAAUGCAUCUAUUGCCAAGGAGAGGGGAUUCUCGUUUGUUGGAGGUGUGGCGGCAGCAAGAAGAUGACCGAGAUUGAGGACCCCACGCGGUUCCGGGACUGUAGCGAGUGUGAGGCCACGGGCUACAAGCCUUGUGGGACCUGCCAAACCACGGGGCUCUCCCCAGAGCUCCUGAAGACCUACUCGCGUGACGAGAAGUUCCGGAAGGUCAUGGCGCGAUUGAGGAAGACCAAGUGUGAUGAGGAUGGGAGGGCGAAGAUCAAACGGGCCAUGACCAAUGCCCUGGCCGAGGUGGAGGCGAAGUUCGCGGCGGCCGAGGGCCGCGACGCCGUGAUCCUCCGUGCGCCGGAGGCGGCGAAGAUCCCGGAGCCCAGCGGCACGUGGAUCGGAAGCUGA